GGUGACCGCGUUACUCCAGACUUGCUGCUGGCCUGCUGUACCUCUUCUGCUUUAAACUCAAUGAUGACAUCUGUGCCCGCAUUUCCCAGGAUGCUAUUGCCUCUGCUCUUAGUACUGCUGUUGCACCACCAUGGAGGACACGCGCAGCAGACGUGCUCAGACGGUUUCCACGUCGAUCGUCAGACCCGGCAGUGCAUAGAUAUUGAUGAAUGCCGGACGAUUCCCAAUGCCUGCCGAGGCGAGAUGCAAUGUAUCAAUCAGAAUGGAGGAUAUCUUUGCAUCCCACGCUCCAUGUUUUCCCAGACUUAUCCAAGGCCAAAUGCUCCCUCCUACCCUGGCAUGACCUACCCAAAUUCAUACCCUCCACCCCCUGCUCCUGUCCCUGCACCCAGCUACCCCUCUUCUGGACAGCCUGUAAUAUGCCGCUUUGGAUACACCCUGAGUGAAGGCAACGAGUGUGUAGAUAUUGAUGAGUGUGUAGCCAACAGCCACCAGUGCAACCCCACGCAGAUCUGCAUCAACACGGAGGGUGGCUACACCUGCUCCUGCACAGACGGCUACUGGCUGGUAGAGGGACAGUGCCUUGAUAUUGAUGAGUGCCGUUAUGGGUACUGCCAUCAGCUGUGUGCCAACAUCCCUGGCUCCUACUCCUGCACCUGUAACCCUGGCUUCAUUCUGAAUCCUGAUGGAAGGUCCUGUCAAGAUGUGGAUGAAUGUGAGGGAGAAAAUUCCUGUGAGCAUGGGUGCAUGAACACGUAUGGCUCCUUCAUCUGUCGCUGUAAUGCCGGCUUUGAGCUGGGAUCAGAUGGUUUGACGUGCACUGAUCUUGAUGAAUGCAGUUACUCAAACCUACUGUGCCAGCAUCAGUGUGUCAACCAACCUGGAUCAUUCUUCUGCAUCUGUCCACCUGGAUACACCAUCAUGGCAGAUGGGACAACAUGCCAAGACAUUAACGAGUGUGAGACGGGCAAUGCCACAUGUACGCGGACACAGGAGUGCUUCAACUAUCAGGGGGGCUACAAGUGUCUGGAUCCAGUCAGAUGUGAAGAGCCAUACAUUCUGUUUGGGGAAAACCGUUGCAUGUGUCAAUCAGAAAAUCCUGGCUGCAGGGAUAAGCCCUUCACCGUGCUCUACAAGUUCAUGGACAUCGCUGGCGGCCGCACCGUUCCCCUUGAUGUGUUCCAGAUGCAGGCGACCACCCGCUACCCUGGAGUCUACUUCAUCUUCCAGAUCAAGUCAGGGAAUGAAGGACGCGAGUUUUACAUGAGACAAACAGGUCCUUACAGUGCCACAUUGGUGCUUACGCGCCCACUCAGCGGGCCAAAAGAUGUUGUUCUGGACCUGGAAAUGGUCACGGUCCACACAGUCAUCAACUUUAGGGGGAGCUCUGUCAUCAGGCUAACGGUAUUCGUCUCAGAAUUCUCCUACUAAUCUUCUUCCUUGCUGUUACCUCCUCGUGCAUCUAAGAGAUGAGCUGCACCUUCUGAUUGAGUCUGAAACCAUCAGUCCUCCACGUCAACUGAGGUAACACCACAGCUAUGCAAGCUUCAUACACCAUUGUUUCAAGACUCCCUUCUCUUUGCUGCUCAUGGGACUUCUGAGACGUGAGGACCUUCCUCUCCCUUCCUGCCUUAAAUAUUGCCUGUUAAGGAUUCUCAGAUACAGGGCUUACCAACCCUUCUUUUGGUCAUACGACUCUCCUCACCACCACUGUAUGUAUUUCCAGCCCAGUGAUGCUUGUGCUUGCUUCUCAGCAGAAUGCUUUCCCGGCCCCACCACUGUCACCAAGCUCUCAAGACACACCAGCUUGCUGGCCCAUGUGGAACACCAGUAGAAAGAGAAGGCUUUGAAUUUUUCAUUACCUGUCCUAUGCUGAUCAGUGUGGAACCCCAGAUGAGCACUACCACUUGCUAUGUAACACUAGCACUUGCAUUAUGGAGCACAGAAGAAAGACCAUCCUCCAUCGGUAGAAGUUAGCGUAUCCUCUACCGGAACACCAGUUAAUGCACAAUGACCAAUAAGAUGAAGAAGAUCUCCGUAGAGUGAUCAUCUGGCGGGGACGACUCAAGCUUUGACCCAACUCUAGAAUUUGCUGCAUCUAAUACCAGUUAUGUGUUUUUUGUAGUCACCGGGACCUUGCUGGAAUUAUGAAAACUGAGAACCUAUCUUCACCCCUUCCUCCACACUAUCUGCUCCAUGUACAGAAUGCAAACCAAAUAAACUUUUUUUUUUUUUUUUUUAAAACUAAAAAACAU